AUGCUGCACAGCGCCAACGUCGCCGCCGUCCCAACCAAACCCGCGGUGACCGCGGUGAUCGCCGCGAUGAUCGACGCCCAGAACGCCGCGAUGAUCGCGCUCCCUCUUAUGGCCGUGGCGGUGGGCGUGCACCACCUGGUGGCGGCCGGGGCCGUGGUCGCGGGCGCCGUCGCACGACACCGUGGGUGGAUGUCACGUGUCAAAUCUGCAACCGCGAAGGUCACAACGCCAAGGACUGCUGGACAUGACAGGGUCAACACGGCCGAGUGGGCAAGUGUCAAGAUCGCCGACUUCGGGCUGGCGAAGCUUCUCAGCCCGGAGCAGUCGGGGCUGUUCACGACGAUGCGCGGCACGCGCGGGUACCUGGCGCCGGAGUGGCUCACCAACGCGCCCGUGUCCGACAAGGCCGACGUCUACAGCUUCGGCAUGGUGCUGCUCGAGAUCGUGCGCGGCGCCAAGAACUCCAAGCUGCUGCUACAGGCCGACCACGACGACACCGCCAGCACCUCCGCCGUCUCCAGCAGCGCCUCGUCGGAGGGCCACGGCAGCUACUUCCCGGCGGUGGCGCUGGAGGCGCACGAGGAAGGCGGCCGGCGGUACGCGGAGCUGGUGGACGCGAGGCUGGAGGGACGCGCGAGCGCGACGGAGGUGGCGCGGGUGGUGAGGGUCGCGUUGUGCUGCCUACACGAGGACGCGUCGCUGCGGCCGGCCAUGACGGCGGUGGCCGCCAUGCUCGACGGCAGCAUGGAGGUGUGCCAGCCCCGGACGGAGCAGCUCGCCUACCUCAGGAUGUACGGCCGAGGCAUCGUCGGCGCUGGCAGCAAGUGGAAGGGCUCGGAUAUCACCACCGGCGGCGCCAGCAGCAGCUGGUCGCCGCCGUCGUGCGUGUCCGCGCAGCAGCUCUCCGCUCCCAGAUAG